ACUGAGGACAAAAAAAGUCAACUUCAAACGUUCGCCUAAAAUUUAUAUUUUGAUAAUUCGUGUAUUUCGUGUAUGAAAUCAUUAUAGAUAUAGGAGAAAAUGACUGAGUUUUUUAAGAUAAUGGUCUGUCUGAGUAUUAUCUUCGCCUUGGUGCCAUACGUGUCUGCAAUAAAAUGUUGGAAUUGUCGAUCAAACAAUGAUCCCAAGUGCGCUGACCCUUUCGACAACAGUACCGUACCCAUAACGGAUUGCGUGCAAGAAAAAGGACUGCCUCAUUUGCCGGGUGUGAGGCCAACAAUGUGCCGGAAAAUUAGACAAAAAGUAAACGGGGAAUGGCGUUACUUCAGAGACUGCGCAUAUCUCGGUGAAGUUGGCAUCCAAGGGGACGAGAGAUUCUGCUUGAUGAGAACUGGGACCUACAACAUAUUCUUAGAGUACUGCACAUGUAACAGUAAGGAUGGUUGUAACGCAUCGUACAUGAUCACUCCGACUCCUCUGAUGCUGCUGGUGCUGGUCGGCAUCAGCUGCUUAUUGAAGCUAUUUUCUUAGUAAAAAAUACCAGUUUGAUAUUAUUCUGUCGUCUACCAAGAUGCCAAAAAGAAGGACCCCUCUAUCUACCCGACUGGAGAUCUCCGUCAAUUAUUCUGUACCCCGUAUUUGCUAUGAGGUCUCCAGCCAUUUUAACCCCAGUCGAAAAACAGUUUUUUCUUAUUCAAAUUAAAGCUGCUUUUCACUUGCCAGUUUUCUUGGGUGCAAAAGAAAAUCUGUCGUAACAAAUCUGCGCGUGUGGGGAGCAGAAGACAUGGGCCUGGAUAGACGACAGUUUAACCUUGACACUUUGAAUCUACUGAAACAUCACUUCCAUUAGUAAUGUCCAAAACUUGGUUUUGGAUAAUUUAAUCAGAACUCUUCAAUUGAUUACUUUAUUGUAACUUUUGCUAUGAAAUAAGUGUAACUCAUAAUUAAGCACUCUUUGGCGGGGUUCUAUUGAGCCCUACCUUAGUGAACAUAUCAAAUUAUGACUAAUGUUUCAUACCAUACAAAUAUAGAUAGUUGGUUUCGCCAUUUUGUGGUUAGAAAAGUAGAGAGUUAGCAUAAAUAUUCGAACUACAAGAAUUAUUCAAUAAGAGAAAUAUACCUUUUUUUAAAUUGAUGCUCCAUCAGUCACUUAUUAAUAAUAAGUAAUAACUUAUUAUAAACAGUAAAACUGACUAUUGUUCAUGUAAACAUGCUAAAUUAAAAAAAAAAAAACUAGAUAAAACAAACCUCUUGUUGUGUGAUCGGCACAAAUCAAUAAAGUUACUUCUUAGGUAAAAAAUAUAGCAAUAAAAUAAAAAGCAAACUUGACUGAAGAAUAAUUGACACAUUCAUUGCUGCUGAGCCCUACAUGCCAUCUGUGCCAGACCUUAAAAAUUUAGUCAUGUCUUCUUCUUUCCAUCCUGUUACCCCCUGCUGAGGUGUAGGGCUCGAAUCUUUUCCUUCCACUGACUCCGGUCCUGGGCAGCUUGGGUAGCCUCCUCCCACCCCAUCCCCAAUACACCCAGCUCUUGCUCCACAGAACGGCGCCAAGUCGAUUUAGGGCGACCAUGUUUCCGUUUGCCGGGCAUCUUCCAGGUCAGGGCCACUUUGGAUAGGUGGGUGUCAGGUUUCCUGAGGAUAUGUCCAACCCAAUGCCAUUUCCGCGUCUGGAUCUCCUUGUGUACGGGGGCUUGUCCGGUUAUUCUCCAUAAUUUAGUCAUGUAAAGCAUAAAAUACCCUAUAGUCAGGUUUUCGGCACUGAAUGUGUUAAUAUUAUUCUUACCCAUACACACUUGUGCCUAAGCACUUGAAAAUAGUAGUGCCUUCUAGACUAGACUUUUUGUGAAUCUCAUAUUUCUGUACAAACUUUAGAAUAAAUAUUAAUUUUUAUCAUAUAAUAAUAUAUGUAUAUGUAUUCGGAAUUUGAUCUUAUAUUAUGAUUCAUUUUACGUACAUGGUUUAAUAUAAUACUAAUGUUUUGUGACUUAAUUUGUGAAGAAAUUUAGUAAUGUAUUUAUAAAUUUUAUAUCUAUAUAUAAGCAGAAAAUCUGUGGCAAUAAGACUGCACUCCGUCCAUUGCUUUUUAUAUUUAGUGACUGUAGUUUUACUUUAGGUGUAGAAAUAAACUUUUUUACGAAAUUA